AAGGUUUUGUUCACCAUGUUGGAUGAACAGCUCAUUUCAGUUACCUCGUGACCAAUACUUUUAUCAUGUCACAUAAGCGUCGUGAGCUUGAGGUGUAGAGGAUCAGCCGAGUGACGUUUUUUUUUCCUCAACUGACAGCGUCAAGGCCCAGCGGAACCAACGGAAGGACUGCUGUUUUUAUGUGGAGAUACAGAUACCCAUUAGCUAGCUCUGAGUUGUCAGAUUGAAUAAGGCUGUCUAGCUCCUGGCGGUAGAUUUUGUCCCACAACAAACGGAUUUAACUUGUUAGUCUGUUUGGAUGCGCGCUUCUGAGCCGUAUUAGGACAGAGUAGAAUACAGAUACACACACAAAGCUGUCGAUGGGGGAAUUACUUUGUCUGCCAGCCGUCUGUGAGGAUUUCUCUUCUCGUGUUUUGAGUCAUGGUCGAAGCUUCGUCACCCUGUCAAACUGAUGGGGGUUUCUUUGGAAGCACGCGGCUCGCUGGAUUUCUAUAAUAAUAUGUGAAUAGGGUGGAUUGCCGAGGCCCGGGCCUGCCUGCCUCUCUGCGCUGCUGUAUUGUAGCCUUGGCUGGGUUACACCUCCUCUGCACCGGAUCAGCAGCGUUAAUUACGACUCUGAGAUUACCUCUGCCAUCAGAGUAGCUGUUUGGCCUGUGCACACAUCUUAAGGAGAAUUCAGUUUGGAAUAACAGAUGCGAUUUUAAGCCGUGUGGUGAGAAAAGCAACGGCGCCAGACCCGAGUGUGUGGCAAACUUGGAACACUUAUAAGAUGAAUGCUCUGCUUCCCAUGUGACCUGCUUUAGAUCGCACUGUUUUAUUAAGAGGGGAAGGUGAAUUUUUCCCAGGAGGAGAGGUUGAACAGUCUCUGUGAAGUGCAUAUAAGUUUUUUUUUCUAUUGAAUAUUUUCGGUUUGUCACUGACAGCAGUGGCACUGUUAAAGCUGCAUAGAUUGUAUGUUUGGGUGGUCCAUUGCCCAUAAUAUGCUCUCCGUCACUAGUUUCAGACUUCAGUAGUCUAAUGGUGUACCUAAUAGAAAAUUAAUUUAGGGGAAGUGGGGCAGAGCCUAGUUAGUAUUAUGCUAAAACGCCAUACCAGAUAUCGGAAAAUUUCUGUCAAAGUGAUUGACUUCGGACGCUUAAAGGACAAAAUAUAUUUUCUCUAUGUUUGCCAUAAGUUGUAUUAACCGUGGGGUUGCUGUCUGGUUGCCAUUAGUAUCAUUUUGAGAAGCAGUUUGAAAAGGAGGCAUUUAAGUAUCAUUGGAUGGCUCUUUGCGGUACAACUGCUGCAAAUGUUACAAAAAUGAUGGCUGCUUACAACGGUGGCUCCUCAGCAGUAGCUGCCCAUCACCCCCAUCACCACCACCACCAGCUCCAGCACCUACCGCCUCCCCACAUGCAUCACCACCACCACCACGCGGGCCAGCACCACUUACAGCACCCAGGCUCAGCCGCUGCUGUGCACACGGUCCAGCAGCACACAUCAACGGCUGCCGCUGCGGCGGUGAUGCUAAACCCCGGACAGCAGCAGCCCUACUUUCCCUCUCCAGCCCCCGGGCAAGCUCCCGGGCCGGCGGCGGCCGCGGCUCCCGCACAGGUCCAAGCGGCUGCAGCAGCCGCUGUCAAAGCUCACCACCACCACCACCACCAUCAGCAGCAGCAACACACGCACCAUUUACAGCAGCAGCUGGAUAUUGAGCCUGACAGACCCAUCGGCUACGGGGCGUUUGGAGUUGUCUGGUCAGUGACAGACCCCAGAGACGGAAAGCGAGUUGCUCUCAAAAAGAUGCCUAAUGUCUUCCAAAACCUUGUUUCUUGUAAGAGGGUAUUUCGUGAGCUGAAGAUGCUGUGCUUCUUCAAACAUGAGAAUGUGCUCUCUGCGCUGGAUAUACUACAACCUCCACACAUUGACUACUUUGAAGAAAUCUAUGUAGUAACUGAACUGAUGCAAAGUGACCUCCAUAAGAUCAUUGUAUCACCGCAGCCUCUGAGCUCAGACCAUGCCAAAGUUUUUCUUUAUCAGAUUCUGCGAGGACUUAAGUACCUUCACUCUGCUGGAAUUCUACAUCGAGACAUCAAACCUGGCAACCUCCUAGUCAACAGCAACUGUGUGCUCAAGAUCUGUGAUUUUGGCCUGGCCCGAGUGGAGGAGUCGGAUGAAUCAAGACACAUGACUCAGGAAGUGGUGACACAGUACUACCGAGCUCCAGAAAUCCUCAUGGGGAGCCGCCACUACUCCAACUCAAUUGAUAUCUGGUCUGUAGGCUGCAUCUUUGCUGAGUUGCUAGGGCGACGCAUCCUCUUCCAAGCCCAAAGUCCUAUUCAGCAGCUGGAUUUAAUCACUGACCUGUUGGGGACACCUUCUAUGGAGGCGAUGAGGACGGCAUGUGAAGGCGCUCGUGCACAUAUUCUCAGAGGACCUCACAAACAGCCAUCCCUUCCUGUUCUGUACACACUGUCCAGCCAAGCAACCCACGAAGCAGUGCACCUUCUCUGCAGGAUGCUGGUGUUUGAUCCGUCAAAGAGGAUUUCAGCCAAAGAUGCCCUGGCUCAUCCUUAUCUAGACGAGGGUCGACUUCGCUACCACACGUGCAUGUGCAAAUGCUGCUAUACCACAUCCUCGGGUCGCGUGUACACCAGUGACUUUGAGCCCAUCACUAACACCAAGUUUGAUGAUGGCUUUGAGAAGAAUCUGAGCUCUGUAAGACAAGUCAAAGAAAUUAUCCAUCAAUUCAUUUUGGAACAGCAAAAGGGAAGUAGAGUACCACUCUGCAUUAAUCCUCAAUCAGCUGCUUUCAAAAGCUUCAUCAGCUCCACAGUGGCUCAGCCCUCUGAAAUGCCUCCAUCUCCGCUGGUGUGGGAAUAGCUACUGUUUUGUGUCGUUAUUUUUCCUGACUGACAAGCUGCUAAACUGGGAACAAGAAAGGGUCUCAGUGUCUUCUAUCAUCUGUGUAGCAUUUCACUGGAGAGCAGGACUCACAGGUCUGCUGGGUUUAUGCUGAAAAAUGGAAUCAAAGAAAGGUCCACUGAUAAUUGCUUUAUGGAAAUUAAUGACAGAAAAGCUCUGUAUAAUGCUUUGUACAGAAUUUUUCUAAACAAACUGAGAACAUACACACAUCAUAUAUAUAUAUAUAUAUAUAUAUAU